AUGAGCGAAGUAAAACAUUUGAAUUUCAACAUCUUAACGUUGAAAUCGAUAAUGAUUUGGCCGCCUGAGGGUCGCAUGUCGUGGAGAUAUGAGACAAAAAGUUUAGCUCUGCUAUUUAUAGUAUAUUUUAGUGCCUGGACCGUUUUUAAUGGAAUUGUGAGAACACUGUUUUUUGAAUCCGAUGGAUAUGACGCACUUAUUCAACGGAUUAUUGCACUUAUUGAUUUUGCUGGAUGCAUUUACAUGAGAUAUUGUUUUCUGCGCAAAGUUGUUUACGUAAAAGACAUGAUUGAACACUUAAAUGAGUUUGAACAGUUUUGUCCACAAUCGGAAAUUGCUGCUACUGAUGUGAGAGUACAUUACUACAGCAAGGAAAUAAUGUACAGUACUGAUUUUUAUAAUAGUUCUGUGGUGUCCCGAUUUGAACAUUUGAACAAAAUUGAAUCUAUGCGGGGGCAAAGUUUAGGGAGGUUGCCAGAAAGCCGCCCCCUUUUCGUAGCUGUCAUCUGUUAUUGGUUUUUUGGUAAUUUAAUGAACUGUAUAACACCACUGACCGAGAAACGUGAUUGCCACUUACGUCGAAAAUCCAAAUUAUAUGAAGAACGUGAUCCCUGUGGACUAAUGGCACGUUGUUUCUACCCUUUCGAUGUUUCCACGAGUAUGUUUCCAAUGGCGUAUCUUAUUCAAGUUUACACUUGUGCUGUCAUUACUUACUACGUUGUUGUAUUAACAAUGCUGCUAGUGGGAAUAAUGAUGCAUACUUUAACACAGCUACAAUACUGUAGAAAAUUAAUUAGAGAUUUAUUCAAAAGAGACUCACAUGAUCCAACAGUUUUAAAACACAAAACGAACAUGUCCAAUUACAAUUACCUCAACUUUACUAUAACCGUCUUAAGAAUUUCAGUUUUAUGGCCUAAAGGUAGCCAAUGUUUUAAUAAAUGGAGAUUUUUUAAAGACAGUUUGCUAAUUUUGUCUAUUUUACCUUGCGCUUUGCCUAUUCUAGCUGAUUUUCUUAUUCAUCUUCACGGUAACGUCUACAAUGUCGCAGCACUUAUAGAAAAUUUUAUUGCAUUAAUUUGUAUAGUUGGAAUGGUAUACAUGAUCAUAUGCUUUAUUCAUAAACGAAAACUCAUCAAGCAACUAGUCGAACAGCUGCCAAAUUUUAACUUUUAUAAUAAACCGUCUAACCUUAUGGAAACUGAUGACAAGGCCAACCUGUAUGCCAAAGUUUUCUUAUUCUAUGGAGUUUUCGGCAAUAUUGUGUACAUGAUAAUGCCGUAUUUAAAUAUAGAAACAUGUAAAGUUCGUCAAGCUCAAGGUUUAGUAGACAGAGACGUGCCGUGUGGUCUUGUAACUAGAUGUUGGUUUCCUUUUGAUUUUGACUACAGUCCUGUGUUCGAAAUUGUGUUUGUACAUCAGUUUUAUACAUGUACUAUGGUUUCCUUGAUAAUUUUGGAUCUAACGAUGCUUCUUUGUGGGUUUUUGAUGCAUAUUAUCAACCAGUUGAAACAUCUGAGAAACCUCAUUGCUAAACUAAACUGUUUAGAAGCUGUUUUUGCUAGAAAAAUACGUUUCUGUAUACAAUAUCACCAACAAAUUAUAAUAUAUUCUGAUAAAACUAAUGAAGCAUUCAGUACAAUGAUGAUGCUACAUUUGACUUUAACCUCUCUAGUUAUCAGCGCUUUGGGUUUUGAAAUACUUAUUGUUGAUAAUUUUCACGACUCUUUAAGAUUUACUUUGCACCUGUUGGGUUGGCUAGUCCUUUUGCUACUGAUUUGUUACUAUGGACAGCUACUUAUCGAUGAGAGUAUUGCAAUAGCCGAAGACAUUUACUACGUCCCAUGGGAUGCAGCUUCAGUAGACGUUCGAAAAGAUAUUUAUAUGAUGUUAAUGAGGUCACAAAAACCUCUCACUUUAAAUGCAGCUAAUAUGGGGGUUAUGUCGUUUCCUACAUUUUUAGGAGUCAUAAGCUCCGCCUAUUCGUAUUUCACGCUGCUUUUAAAUAUAAAAUCAUAGAAAUCUGAGCUGAAGUGGGUUUUAA